AUGGCCUCAAACGCCGUUCCAUCGCCCUGCGUAUCUACUCUUUUGCCAACAUUGGCUUCCAUCACUCCAGAGCCGAUCGGUAUCGUUGAGAUACAGGUUGAUAUGCCAUCAGAGGAGAUUCGUGUGGUUGUAGAUGACCAAGUUGCACCUGACAUCAAGAUUCUACCGACAACGCCAGAUGUCUUCGGUGCAAGACCAUCAGACUCCAGAGGACACUUCCAUCGCAGACUAGUACAAGGCAGCAACUUCACAAUAGUGGGGCAGAAUUCAGCACAGAGUGUGUAA